AUGCCCCGCAGUCGCCAUGGGUUUGCGUUUAUUUACAUUCAUUUUCUUCUCUUUUUGCCUUGUUUUAUUAUUAUUUAUCAUUAUUAUUUUUUUUGUGGCUUUACGGCAGAGUUACUUCUUAAAAUUAGAAACGCACACGCCUCCGGAGAAAGAAGUGGUGCUCCCAUCUGUCAUUUUGAUAAAGUUCUCUACUCUGGGCGGGCCAUGUUGCGUCAUGUCAACUGGGAGACGCAGCAGCAGUCGUCUCUCUCACGUUCCCACCAAUACCACCAGCACAAAUUAAAAGGGACUCGAACACCGCUUCCUCGGCGAGAGGCUCCACCACCACCACCACCACCACCACUGGCAUCUACCACAUCUUCACAAAGUUCACCCCCUGCUGCUGGUAUCAUGUCUAUGUCGUCUCCCUUGCCACACGAAUAUCAUGUUCCUAGUUUGCUUCAAGAGAAUUCUCCUGACCACUGCUCUGUAUUGAAUGCCAACAAGCGCGUGCUCAAUGAUAUACAAAAAGGUUGCCUUCAUUGUGUCGAUGACGAGCUGACAUGGCGCCAGGAGGCCUUAAGGAAGGAACGUGAACUCACUGAACGAGAGGAGGAGUUUAAUACCCUUGUCCAAAUGCAACACGCUGCAUACAAGGAACGACUAGAAGAGAUAUCGCGCAAGGAAAAGUAUCUUAUGGAGUGGGAGCAGAGGUUGCGAUCUGCAGAGAAGCUUAUGCAAGCACGAAACGAAAAAAAGUAA